AUUUUUAAUUAAUAAUAUUUUUAAUUUUUCAGUACAAAGCAUAUCAAGAUGUUAUCAAUGAUGUGAUAUUAAAUGCUAGAGAACACUUCAUCGAAGAUGGGGUCGAUGAAGCAGUAUUACAAGAACUCAAACAACUAUGGGAAACAAAACUAGCAGCUACAAAGGCAGUAGACGAAAAUAGAGAUGCUGAUAAAGUAAUAAGUCCGAAUAACAAACCAAAGCCGGAAUACAUUAAUCAACAUUAUAUAAAACCACUACCAGCGACUGUUCAUCAGUUGCAAUUGCAACACCAACAGCAACAACAGCAGCAUCAUCAACAACAACAGCAGCAGCAACAACAGCAGCUAUUGUUAAAUAGCAAACAAAUAAUAGGCCAAGUUCCUCCAAAUAAUCACAUGCCUCAGGGUCCCCCCGGUAUCGGUCUUCCAGAAUGGCGUCGAGUUCCUAUCCAGAUAAACAUUCCAUCUCCCGGUUCUGCAGAUGGUCACAGAAUACUCUCUAUAGAUGUGCCUGAGGUCUUUCUCCAAGGCCAUCACCUCAGGUCAAUUCUGACCGGGCAAGCAAUUAGCACAACCAUGAGCUUACCUUUGGCAACUGCUUGUGCUUACCUUCAGGAUCACGUUAACGCUGCUUUCAUAGAACAUCAGCAGAGUUAUUACAAUUCUCUAAGCAAUGGUAACCCGCAAAUGCACAAUCAUAUGCAUGAUCGCUUACUUGAAAAUAGAUUAAGAGGUAUACCUCAAGGUGAUGGUCCAGCAGAUUAUUCCUAUGCAUCUUUAACUAACUCUUCAACUAACCCCCCUUCACAAAAAAGUAACAAUAAAAGAUCGAAAGGUAAUAAUUCAGAUCCCGUGCUCAACUCCUCCUUUCCAAACGAUCUUGAAGAUCAGUUACUUCUGAAUAGUCUAAGAGGAAUUCCUCAGGGCGAUGGACCUGCCGAUUCCUCAGAUGAUGAUGAUAAAAGUGAUGAAGGAUCCGAAGAAAUAGAAGACGAAAAAGAAGAGGACGAAAUGGAGGACGAUCUUACUGGAGAAGCUGAAGACGAACCAUUAAAUUCUGGAGAUGAUGUUUCCGAUGCUGAUGGAACGGAAGAAUCCUUUGAGACUGAUAAUGUGAUAGUAUGCCAGUAUGACAAGAUUACAAGAAGCAGAAACAGAUGGAAGUUUCAUCUGAAAGAUGGCAUCAUGAACUUAAAGGGUGAAGAUUUUAUUUUUCAGAAGGCAAACGGAGAUGCUGAAUGGUAA